CUAGGCAACCACCUUUUACGAGCAACGCCUUCCGCUAUACUAAGGCCUAACGCUCGCCGCCACCACAGAUGGACGUCCGAAGGCGCUAUUUCCACCACUCCUUUGUGACGCAGCUUCCCCGCCGCCUCCCUUCGUGGUCACGUGCGGCGGGAAUCAGCUGAGCCUUUACUUCCGUUUGCCGGCGUUCCGGGCUGCCGUUGAGUCCGAGCGGCCGGCGCGUGGGUAGGCGGGCAGGCCGGCCAGGCGGGUAGUAGUGUGUGGGGGGGGGGGCGGCCACUCGGCGCGGGAUUCUCAGCAGCGAGGAUGGCGGCCUCGGUGGGUCCGGGGACGCGCACGAAGACCAAGAAGAAGCACUUCGUCCCGCAGCGGGUGAAAGUGCUUCGCUCGGCCGACCCUCUUCUGGGCGUGCUGGCUUGGGGGAUCAACCAUCAGAUCAAUGAACUCAAUCAAGUUCCCCAGCCAGUGAUGCUGCUUCCUGAUGACUUCAAAGCCAGUUCUAAAGUAAAGGUGAACAACCAUCUCUUCAACAGGGAAAACUUGCCUGGUCACUUCAAAUUUAAGGAGUACUGUCCACAGGUUUUCCGCAACCUCCGUGAACGCUUCAACAUUGAUGAUCAGGAUUAUCAAGUCUCCCUGACACGUAGCCCACCAACCUAUGAGACUGAGGGUGGGGGUCGCUUUCUCCUGUCCUAUGACAGGACAGUGGUCAUAAAAGAGAUAACCAGUGAAGACGUAGCUGAUGUGCAUAGCCUUCUAUCACAUUAUCAUCAGUACAUUGUGAAAUGUCAUGGGAGUACACUCUUGCCCCAAUUCUUGGGUAUGUACCGGCUCAGUGUUGACAACGAGGAGAGCUACAUGCUGGUCAUGAGGAACAUGUUUAGUCACAGACUUACUAUACACCGAAAGUAUGAUUUGAAGGGUUCACUGAUAUCCCGUGAAGCCAGUGACAAAGAGAAGGGCAAGGAACUACCAACUCUGAAGGACAUUGAUUUCCUAAACAUGAACCAGAAAGUGUACAUCAGUGAAGAGGCCAAAAAAGACUUCAUGGAAAAGUUGAAGCGAGAUGUAGAGUUCCUAGUGCAGCUAAAGAUUAUGGACUACAGCCUUCUCUUGGGUAUCCAUGAUGUACAGCGAGCUGAACAAGAAGAAGAGGAAGACAUAAAAGAGGAAGAGGAAGAUGGAGAGGGUGAACCAGGGGCACCUGUGGGCUCAUAUGGAACAUAUCCUGAGGGCAUUGGCAGUUACCUAAACUCCCACAAACCAUUGGAGCCCGGUGACUUUGACCCUUAUAUUGAUGUCUAUGCCACUAAGAGUGCUGAAAAUAGUCCUCAAAAAGAGGUUUACUGCAUGGGCCUCAUAGACAUCCUCACGCAGUAUGAUGCCAAGAAGAAGGCUGCCCAUGCAGCUAAGACAGUCAAGCAUGGGGCUGGUGCAGAGAUUUCUACAGUGCAUCCAGAACAAUAUGCCAAGCGCUUUCUGGACUUUGUCACCAAUAUAUUUGCUUAGCAGUUUUUCAUAUGUCUUGUUGACCCAAAUCAAACCUUUCCAGCACCUUUGUAGUUGUCAGUCACCCUGCUCCCUGAUUCUCCGUAAGUAGGAUAGUUUUCAUCCUGCUAUUCUGGGAUCAGCAGGGGAAUUGGGCUGACUUCAGAUGAGUCCCACUCUUGCAACUGAGGGACGGCUGCUGAACCAAGUGCCUUAACUCUGAUCAUCUGCUGAGGUGAGAAAUGAUCGAGAGUACCAAAGAAACUGGUUACGAAUGCUUCGGAGAGCUACUUCUCCUUCCAUGCCGGAGGAAGAGGAGUGGCUGGUUUUUAUCUAAACACUGACUUCUUCCUUUCCGUUAAAUAGUACCAGUGUUAUGUCAUUUAGAGCAGGAUAAUGCUGAAAUAGAAUAAUAUGCAAUAUGAAGUUAGUUGUGCCUUGGAAGAAGGGGGUUGAAGGGAAUCUUCCCCAUUUACACAAUCAAAUAUUGUAUCCUAUGAUAUCCCAUUGUACUGCCUAUUUCAAAGCCACGCGCCAGUCGUAUACCUUUUCUACCAUCCCUGUAUACACAACCUUUGAUGGAAGACUGCACUGUGCCCCAUCUUUGUGAAUAGUUUUGCUCUGAUUCUACUCCUGUUGUCAAUAAUGGAAAUCUCUUCUGCUAAAGAAAAGAGCCCAGCACUGAAUCCAGUACCCCUUAAGCCUUUUUCCAUGUAGAAUUGCAGGUUCUUUGAACUUUGUGGCCCACAGGUUGCUAUUAAUGAGAAAAAAAUUACUUCAGACUCAUUGCUCUCAUGCAUCCUUUUUCCUUCCGUUUUCUAGUUGAGAAUAAGAGUUGAAGUAGGGUUUGAGAAGUUCUUUGUACUUUCUAAAUAAAUUUGGAGUGAACUCCUGAGUAAUAGCACUAUUGUCUGAAAUCCUGUCCUACAUACUGCAGAGCUUUUUUGAGUCUCCCUUGUCAGAGGGAGAUUGAGAGAAGGACACAAUAACACUAAUUUUGGAGGUAACUCUAAUCUUUGGGGUAAUUUAUACAGGAGCGUCUAUUGGGCACACAACCCAGAUUGAGUGGGUGUAACCCAUAAAAGGGCCUAUAAGGUAUGGCUAGGCUACUUGUGAUUUACCACCAUAUAUUAAAUUUGAAAUCUGCUGAGAAAUGCUAAGGAUGAAAGUCCUCACCAUUUAGGUUGUAAAGCUUUAACAUUAAAAUUAAAGCAAGCCUCAGAUGUUGGUGAACUGGCAACAGCAUCAAUACCAUGUCCAGUAAGAAUAGGGACUGUUGAGAGUUCAGCAACAGAUAGAGAGCCCUGGCUCCCUAUCCAAACAUAAAACACCUCCGUAUUGAAGUAGGAAUCAACCAAGCCUCAUUUAUUUUGUUUAGUGUUAUGAGAUAGGGAGGGUAUCACGCCCAGCUUCAGGAUGCUAUGUGAAGCAGCAUCUGUUUGCCUGUGCAUAAUGGCUCUAUAUGUUUCUUCUAUAUGUAUAUCAAAUUGGCAAACCAGUGUGUUUUGGGAAAAUGGCCUGUCUCAGUGGUUGAUCAAAAUGCCUCUUAAGGAGGAAACUGCUAUAAAUUAGCAGAUGCAUUAAAAACAAUAUCCCUUUUCACUCACCAGAAUGGGAAUUCUUGGAGAUACUUCAUUUAGCAAAGCAAGGAAUGCAGACAAGGAACUGGAUAUAUUAAAUGAUAUUUCCUCUAGUGCAAUGAGGAAUGCAGACAGAAAAGAACUGGAUAAAUUAAAUGAUCAUUAUUCAUUUAUUAUUGGCUUGGUUAAGAGAUCUUGCUUUCUGUAGUAGCUGUCCUAGCAGCAGGGGGAAGCUGUCACACUCCAGCUAUCUCUGAACUAUAAUUCCCAAUAACUCCAGCCCUCUAUGAGCAUUUAUGAGGAAUGCUGGGAAUUACAGUUUAACAACAUCGAGGGCCAGUAUUACCUACCUGGAAACUCUAGCUAUGGUUCAGGGUACAGUGCUACUAAGUUUGCUACUCUGGACCUGAAACAUGGGGGCUACUUUAUGGUUUGUAAUGUUUUCCCCUUCUGCCCCAUUACUGGUGUGUUGGGACUGAUGUCAUUUCAGCUCCCAGCACACUAAAGGCUGUGCCAUGGAGAUACAUUUAUGCUGUGGGGUUGUCUUCCUUCCAACCUUUCAGUGUUUUGUAAUUGUAUACAGUGUGUAUUUCUGGUUUACUCUUGUAUGGCUAAAAAUAAAUUAUUGAACCAAAAGUUUUCUGUAUGAAGUGCCCAGCUGUGCUGUUAUAUACUGCUAACCUAGCAGGGUAGAAGGAUGAACUCUGUUUCAGUGAAAGAAUAAAAGACUUUCCUUGGCCCUU